AUGGAAGAUCUUACCGAAACACCACAUGCUUCGCCAUAUCAGCGAGAUCGCGGCCUGGGAGCGGGUAAACCCGCGAGCUUUUCAUACCUUCCAAGACGAAGACUGCAUAGGGCAAUGGAAACUGUUAUGUGUUGCCUCACCCUGCAGCAUGAUGGAAUGGAGGUUGAUGAGCCGCUACUUACUUCGCUUAGCUGCGACGACUUGAAGCACUGGUUGCUUACAGCUUUCUGGCUCUGCGACCGCUACACUGCCCUGGGUUUUGUGGCUACAGAGCGGCCAAGACUGGGAGUUGGCUCUGGUUCCCUGGAGUGGCUACAGACAAGACUGGGGGUUGGCUCUGGUUCCCUGGAGUAG